AUGGCGGAUGACCUCGUCCUCAACCUCGCCCCUCUGGGAAAUGCUCCAGCGCCCAAAGCAAAAGUCAAAUACAUCGGAGGGUCAUGGAGAGACCGGAGAAGAGCCCAGAAGAAAGACGCUGCUACCGAGAGAGGCGACAAGCCAACGCCCAGAAGGCCUGCACCAGGCGAUCACGCAGAGAUUAGGCAAAGAACCGACGGCGGCCCUCGUCCCGGCGGCGAUCCUUCGAAGCCCUUUCAGGUGGCCUCGCGGCUCUUCACGUCGAACCCCACGGCCAAGACAGUCUUUGAGGACACUCCCGCCGAGCCUGCCGAGCCCGCGAAGCCCUCCAAUGCGCCGCUAUCCGAGGAGGCAUCGAACUUCCAUGCUUUAGGUCUGUCGCGGAGGGUAGCGCAACAUCUCUCGGCCAAACUCGAGAUGAAGGCCCCGACCUCGAUCCAGAAGAACACAAUACCACAGCUGGUCAAGGGGGAUGACGAUGCUUUCUUGCAGGCGCAGACGGGUUCUGGAAAGACGCUGGCCUACCUGCUCCCCAUAGUGCAGAGGAUCCUUGCCCUCAGCCGGAACGAUGACGAGACGAGUGCGGGUGCGAAUAUUCACAGGAACUCGGGGCUGUUUGCCAUCAUCCUGGCCCCGACCAGAGAGCUGUGCAAGCAGAUUUCGGUAGUGCUGGAGAAGCUCCUCAGGUGCUGUCCAUGGAUCGUGAGCACCUCAGUCAUGGGUGGCGAGAGCAAGCACUCGGAAAAGGCACGCAUUCGCAAGGGAUGCAAUAUCCUCAUCGCCACGCCUGGUCGCUUGACGGAUCACCUCGAGAAUACCAAGAUCCUGGACGUCGGCACCGUCAGGUGGCUCGUGCUUGAUGAGGGCGACCGCAUGAUGGAGAUGGGUUUCGAGCAGGAUCUCAAACAGAUUGUCGCUAAAAUCAGGAAGGACCCGCUCAAGACGACGAACCCAGAGGGCGUUGAGCUGGACAGGGCAUUGCCGAAAAGGAGGGUGACGGUGCUCUGCUCUGCGACAAUGAAGAUGAAUGUCCAGAGGCUGGGAGAGAUCAGCCUCCACGAAGCGAUCCAUAUCACCGCCGGGAAGGAUGACACGCGAGAGGAACAGGACGAAGCCGUCUUUGCUGCGCCGGCCCAGCUCAAGCAGUCAUACCUGGUGGUUCCAGCCAAGCUGCGGUUGGUCACCCUGAUAGCUUUGCUGAAGGAAGCCUUCGCUAGAAAGGGUUCCGUCAUGAAAGCCAUCGUGUUCAUCUCCUGCGCCGACUCGGUCGACUUCCACUUCGACCUGCUCAAAUCCACAGCACCUGCCGAACAACCUGCUCCAGCAUCACCAUCGACGUCGCCCAAGGACAAGAAAGAAGUGGCGCCGCCGCCAUCAUCAACUGUUUACCCGGCAACGUACAUUACCUCUCCAGCGAACCGAACCAUCCUCCUCCAUAAACUUCAUGGAUCACUCACGCAGCAAAUCCGAACCUCGACACUCAAAUCCUUCUCAACAUGCAAGGAGCCCGCCGUCCUCAUCACAACUGAUAUCUCCUCGCGUGGUCUUGAUGUCCCGUCCGUCGAGCUCGUUAUCGAGUAUGAUCCUGCCUUCGCCAUAGCAGAUCACGUGCACCGCAUCGGUCGAACAGCUCGUGCAGGACGGCCAGGAAAGGCUGCCCUUUUCCUGCAGCCGGGGUGUGAGGAAGCCUACAUCUCCAUGCUCCCCUCGACCCCACCAGCAACUGCUCAAUCCUACGAGACCAUUCUGCAGAAAGGCUUCGCGACUCCCAUCGAGAUGCCGCAAUCUCCUUCGAAUGACUCGGACGAGGAGCAAUCCCAACAACAACCACCCGCCAGGCAAUCCUCCAACGCCCGGGCUGAAGCUUUGCAACUCUCCAUCGAGAAACGCCUCCUCGCCUGUGAGACGAGUGCCCCGAAGGGUCCCGUCAACAAGGGUGGGAAGAAGUCGGCGCAGGCACCCAAGCCAAAGCCCGUCACUGCCAGCGGAACCAGUAUCCUCGACGCGGCCCGUCAAGGCUUCCGUUCUCAUAUCCGCGCGUACGCGACGCACGUUAAGGAGGAGCGAGACGUGUUCGACAUCACACAGCUGCACCUGGGACACGUGGCCAAGAGUUUCGGGCUGAGAGAGGCACCAGGCGGGAUCGGCGGCGGGGUCCAGAGGAGGACGCACAAGGCUGGCAGCGGUAAGAGCGGCGGCAGUGGUGGUGCGGGAGGGAACAAGAGAAGUGCUGGCGAGGCGGGCUGGAACGAUGAUGCUGCUGCUGCUGGUGACGUUGACGAGGAGGCGUCCAGGAGGAAGAUGCAGGAGAUGAUCCGCAAGAUGGGGCAGAAUGCGGCGAGCGAGUUCAACAUUGCGUAG